AUGGCAGAGAAUUGGACGAAGCCUUCGACAAGAACUGAGAUCAUCGAUCAGUUGGUGGAGGGAGUGGAUAGAUACAAUCCUCAAAACGUUGGCAUUCUCGAGGACUAUUUGUACCAUCAGAUACGAGAGCGGGAAUACGAUUGUCUCCCCAAUCUUGCCAUAUUAAAACUAUAUCAAUUCAAUCCCGACUUGUACAAUCCAGACGUGGUGAUAAAUAUCCUCAUCAAGGCUCUAACUGCCGCUCCUGCUCCCGAUUUCAACCUCUGUCUUGCUCUUCUCGGCGAAAGACAGGCGUGUACCAAUAUCCCCCUUCCUGAUGGCGAACCCGACCCCCUCCGGCCACUACUCCCGAAUCUCAUCCAACUCUCCAAUCUCCUCCACACAUGCCGCUUUCCAGAUUUCUGGAAAACGUAUCUCUCGCAAGAACUUGCGCCACUGCGUGAAAAUUAUACUGUGGAAUGCGCAGGAUUUGAUGACUCCGUAAGGGACGCCGUGAUUAGGGCCGUCCAGGCAACAUUCACAAACAUUGGGAGGGACAGAUUUGCAACUUACGUCAACUUACAAGGGGCCGAUUUCGAGUCUUAUGUAGCUUCUUUGGGCUGGUCAUUGAAUACGUCAACGGGCGUCGUGUCUGUACCACCGAACAUCGACAAUCAGAUAAAAGCGACUGUUACGCGCGAGACGAUCACACUCCCGCAGCUUCAGAAAAUCGUCGGGCACUCUGCCAAGGCCUGA